ACAAGCACCCAGCCCAUGUCAUUAGCUGGGAUAUUUUCCGACCACCAUGAGCACCUUAGAAAAUUGCCACUUCCGUGGAAGCUGCGUCUGGGCCUGGGGCAGGUCAGGGCCACCAUAAAAGCCAGAGCAGCUCCUCGCUCUCUCAUCCACUUCUCUCACCUCCUUCUCCUUGGGAACCAGGUUCUCCUCCAGCCCCAAGCCAUGUCCUGCUGCAACCCGUGCCAGCCCUGCCAGCCCUGCGGCCCGUGCCCGCUGGCCAGCAGCUGCAACGAGUGCUGUGUCCGACAGUGCCAGAGCUCCACCAUCGCCAUCCAGCCCUCCGCGGUGGUGGUGACCCUGCCCGGACCCAUCCUCAGCUCCUUCCCUCAGAACACCGCCGUGGGCUCCUCCACCUCCGCUGCUGUUGGCAGCAUCCUCAGCUCUAACGGAGUGCCCAUCUCCUCCGGGGGCCUUGACCUCUCCUGCAUCACCAGCGGCUACUGUGGCACCAGAUGUCGGCCCUGCUAAAUCUGCUGGAAAUAAACCUGCAGAAGAACCUCCUAAAGCCUCAGAACAUGGUGGUGGACAGAAGACCUUUGAGGCAUUGUGUUUAGAGCUUUGAGCCACUUUUUUCCACCUCUUCCACUCUCCUCUGUCUCUUUCCUUUGCUGUUGCUUAUUAAAGCCGUGCUGCAUCCAA